GGGCCCGGGACAUGGCGGCGGCGGGAGCUGAGGAGGAGGAGGAGCAGCUGGUCAUGGUGGAAUUAUCUGGAAUUAUUGAUUCAGACUUCCUAGAAAAAUGUGAAAACAAAUGCAAGAUUUUGGGAAUAGACACAGAGAGGCCCAUUUUGCAAGUGGACAGAUAUGUCUUUGCUGGGGAAUAUGAAGAUACCCUUGGAACCUGUGUGGUGUUUGAAGAAAAUGCAGAGCAUGUGGACGCAGAAGGAAACCAAAAACUACAGCUGAAAUACAAGUGCCACACGGUGAAGAAGCUGAACAUGACACGGACGCUUCUGACUGAAAAGAAGGAAGGAGAAGAGAGUGUAGGUGGUGUGGAGUGGUUACAGAUUAAAGACAAAGAUUUCUCAUACAGCAGACCUAAUACGAUUUGUAGUUUUCUGCACCAAAAGGAAGAUUCUGAGGAGGCAGCUCAGGCCCAGGACAAAUUGGCAGAUGAGUCGGAGGGAGAGGUCAAUGACAAAGGGAACUCUGACCUAAAUUACGAACUGAAGAAGCAGAAUAGCAUGGAAAUGGAUGACUCUAUCCCUCUCAUUGAUAGCCCUGCCUCUGAAGCAGAGAACUCUCCUAGAGGAAGUGCCCAGGUUACCUUAGAUGAUGCUCCUAGGUGAUGUCAAGUCUGCAGCGUCCAGAAGUGAGGAUUAAUGGAGUUAGUUAAUACUAUGAACCAAAUUUUUAAAGUCACCUCAACCUGACCUCCACUUUAUGUGAGUAAUUAAUAGUGAGUGCAAAACUGCACCCACAAAUUUGGAAGCCAUUUUAAGGUCUUGAACGUGAUGAUUAUAGUAUCUGUCUCUGUGUUAAAUAUACAUGCAUUUCAAGCUAGCAUCUUUACCUCUGAGUUGAAGACCAGGAACAAAUGACUAAAUGAGAAGGAGACACCAUAAAAAAACUCUGAUGCAUUGCACAUCCAUAAAUAUCAGUAAAAGUAAAUAUUUUUUUUGUAAGAUAUCUGUUGCAAAAUAAAGCCUUGACAUUUUCAGUUAU